ACGGAGCGCGGAGUUCCGCGCGAUGCCGCGCACCGUGGCCGUGGUGGGGGGGGGCAUCAGCGGGCUCGCCGCGUGUUACCACCUGGCCCGCGCCCCCCACCCCCCCAAAGUGGUGCUGCUGGAGGCGGGGGGGCGCCUCGGGGGUUGGCUGCAGAGCACCCGCACCGAGGAUGGAACCGUAUUCGAACACGGGCCAAGGGGGGUGCGGCCCGGGGGGGCGGCGGGAGCCGAUACUCUGCACAUGGUGUCAGAGCUCGGCCUGGAGCCCCUCGUGCUGCCCGUGGCUGCGGACCACCCGGCGUCCCGGCACCGCUUCCUCUACGCCAACGGCGCUCUGCACCGAAUGCCCUCAGGGCUGGGGGGUCUCCUCCGGGCUGUGCCCCCCUUCUCCCGGGCCCUCAUAUGGAGCGCAGUGCGGGAUCUGAUGGCACCAAUGGGGACGGAACCCGACGAGAGCAUCCACAGCUUCGCCCGGCGCCGCUUCGGGGCAGAGGUGGCCGAUGUGGCCGUGGACAGUCUGUGCCGGGGGGUGUUUGCUGGGGACUGCCGACAGCUCAGCGUCCGUUCCUGCUUCCCUGCCCUGUUCAGGGCUGAGCGCACGCGGCGCUCCGUGCUGCUGGGGUUGGCGAUGGGAGAGGGACGGCCGCGUGGGGCCACGUCAGCGUUGGUCCUCCGGGCACGGGAGGAGCGUUGGACGCAGUGGGCGCUGCGCGGGGGGAUGCAGACACUGCCCGAAGCCAUCGCCGCCUUCCUGCGGCCGCGCGGCGCUGAGCUGCUGUGCCACGCGGAGCUGCAGCGGCUGCGGCUGCGGCACGACGGCACCUGGCAGCUCACCCUACCCGACAGCACCAUCACCGCAGACCACGUCAUCAGCGCGCUGCCCGCCGCAGCCCUGGCGCGGGCGCUGCCCCCCGAGGCGCAGCCUUUGGCCCAGCAGCUGACCCACAUCCCCGCCGUGACGGUGGCCGUGGUGAACCUCCAAUACCGCGGCGUUACGCUGCCCGUCACGGGCUUCGGGCAUUUGGUGCCAUCCUCUGAGGACGAAGCACUGCUGGGCAUCGUUUAUGACUCCGUGGCGUUCCCGCAGCACGACGGCAGUGGGAGCCCUUCCGUGCGCCUGACGGUGAUGCUGGGGGGUUCCUGGUUCCAACGCAGCUUUGGGGAGCCCACAGCGGCCCCCCCAGCUGUGCUGCUGCAGCGGGCGCAGAGGGCGGUGAGGGAGCAGCUGGGGGUGAUGGGGACCCCGGUGAGGUCCGUGGUCAGAGUGCAGCAGUCCUGCAUCCCACAGUACACGCUGGGCCAUUGGCAGCGUAUGGAGCGCAUCGGGCGCUGGGUGGAGGAGCAGCGGUUGCCCCUCAGCCUCAUUGGUGCGUCCUACAGCGGCGUCUCCGUCAACGACUGCAUCGCCAGCGCCAAAGCGGCCGUGGGGCGGCUGCUGGGGGGCUGAGCCCCACAGCGGGGUCUGAGACCCACGUUGAGGGGGGGCGGAGGGGGGGGGGGGGAGCCCCAUUGCUGAGGUGCUGAGCCCCAUAGCGGGGCGCUGAGCGUCAUUCGCGAGGCGCUGAGCCCGGCCGUGGGAUCCGAGCCCCAUAGCGUGGGGUUGAGCAUCACGGUGUGGGGCGGGCUGACCCCAUCCCAGCAGCAGCGAUGGGGCAAAAAGCUGUGGGGUGGGGUUGUUUUUUUUUUAACCUCUUUUUUUUCCCCUUUUUUAAUGGAAAACCCCCCUUAGAAAGGCGCGGGGAGCAGCGAACAUCGAAUAAAUAACCGCACACCCACA